ACAUUUUCUACCUUCGCUUAGCAGAAAAAUAGCUGCCAACAGUGUGGUGGCGUUUCGUGGACCCUCGAAAAUUGUGUUAUUUCCGGCUUUAUCGGGUUGAAGUUCUUGGAUUUGUGAUCGGUUUCCGGUGGAAGAUGUUCUGAGCAACCGGAAGUCGUUGUGCGUCACUUCGAACGGUUUCGUUUCGAUGGAAUUGUAAGCGUUUUUCCAGUCCGUUAGCCUGUUCCUGGAGGGUUGGGUCACCUGCAGAAAAAAGUGGAACCGUGAGCUGGUUUGGGGUUGGUGGUGCCGAUACGUUCCGUUUCCGGAAGUUCCAGCGGCUGGCUUACCCGGAAAACGAUCUGGAAGCAUUUCCCGGAUCUGUAGAAUGGUUUCCUGAGACGAACGCAUCUUCAAACCCCGCAAAUGGCUGUGAUAGCAAAAUCUGAGCUCUAACCGAUACGCAUAAGAAAAGUAACCUACGGAAGAACGAAAAUCAAGUUUCUCCCACCCAGUCGAAUUUCUAGCAUAUGAAGUUCCCAUCCCUAAAGAUUUCUACUAAGCAAAGUUACUGGAAACACUAACAUCAACAUGCAAAUGUCCAGAUCCCCGACUAUGAAAGGAAGCUGCAGUAAACCGUUCCAAUGUUCGGAAUGUGACAAGCAGUUCCGGCAGCUGAGCACCCUUACCAAUCACAUGAAGAUUCAUACAGGAGAUAAACCUUACAAAUGCACAAUCUGUUCGAAAGAGUUUCGCCAAACGACGACUCUGUCGAAUCACGUUAAGAUUCAUACUGGUGAAAAACCAUAUAAUUGCACGUUCUGUGGCAAACAGUUCCGUCAAUUGAGCACACUCUCGAACCAUCUCAAAAUUCACACUGGUGAAAAACCGUACGAGUGUUCCGUGUGUGGAAAACAGUUCCGGCAAUCGAGCACCCUGAACAGCCACAUCCGAAUCCAUUCGGACGAUAAAUUCGCUGUGAAACCAUUCAAAUGCAGCAUGUGCCCCAAGGAGUUCCGCCAAACUACGACCUUGUCAAAUCAUCUGAAAAUUCACACAGGUGAAAAGCCCUACGUAUGUACAUAUUGUAAUAAAAGUUUUAGACAAACAGGGACGCUCUCAAAUCAUCUUAAAAUUCAUACUGGCGAAAAACCUUACGAAUGUUCUGUUUGUCGUAAGCAGUUCCGCCAAUCCAGCACGCUGAAUUCUCACAUACGAAUCCAUGUGGACGACAAAUAUGUUGCCCCGAUGCCCCCAGUAGUAGUGAAACAAUCGACCUCGCCGCUGCCGCCGCCAAUGAUGGUUGCCACGAUCCCCGGAAUGAAGCUGGAAGAUAUCAAACCGAUGUACACCAUAAUGUAAGCGAAAAAAAAGAAUCGGCCGGCCCAAGGCCAAGCCGGGUGCCGGCUCAAGUUCGUUCGUUUGCUGGCAAAGGAGCAAAGAAACAAGGAAGUAAGGAAGGUAGGCGAUAAUCAUCCAUCAGGUGCAGAAAGAAAGAAAAACAUACGACAUUAGUGAAGAAAGAAAA